AUGGCCACUCCCACCGACAUCCACCUCUACACGUCUCAGACGCCCAAUGGCAUCAAGAUCUCGCUUCUUCUUGAGGAACUGGGCCUGCAAUACAAGGUCACCGCGAUCGAACUCACCAAGAACGUGCAGAAGGAGCCCUGGUACCUCGAGAUCAACCCCAACGGCCGCAUUCCGGCGCUCACGGACACGCAUACCGAUGGCAAGCCCAUCCGCUUGUUUGAGAGCGGCUCCAUCCUGCUUUACUUGACGGAUCGCUACGACACGGAGCACAAGUUGUCGUACCCCUUCGGCACGCGCGAGUACUACGAAGUCAACAACUGGCUCUUCUUCCAGAUGGCCGGAGUGGGUCCGAUGCAGGGCCAGGCCAACCACUUUUUACGCUACGCUCCCGAGAGAAUCGAAUACGGUGUCAAGCGGUACGGCAACGAGACCGGCCGCCUCUACCACGUCCUCGACGACCAUCUAGCCAAGUCCACGUCCGGCUUCCUUGUUGGCGACCACAACAUAGGCUGGGCUGGCCAGACCCUCGACGACACUCCCCACCUCAAGGCCUGGUUCGACAAGAUCCUCGCCCGUCCCGGUGUCGAAAAGGGCCGCAACAUCCCGUCGCGCCACACGGCCCUCGACAAUCUCUCGGCGGCCGACCUCGAGAAGCGCGCCGCGUCGGGUCGCGCCUGGGUGCAGCAGGGCAUGGCCGACGAUGCAGAGAAACUGAAGAAAUAG